AUGUCUGCAGGACCGGGUCUGUCCAGGCAGAGAUCUGUCUCGAGCAAGUCGAAGGGAGUAAUACGUCCACCUAUCCCUAGAUUAAGGCCGUCUGGUGAAGACGCCGCCUUUGAACCAUGCGCAUCGACAGCCUCCCUCCUCCUCUUCGCCCAUGGCGCGACAAUUAUAUGCCUGCACCAUGAUACAUUGGCCGUUGAGCGUCGGUUUGAAAAGCACUCGAAAGAUAUUCAAUUGAUAUCCGCCGAUAAUGUCAGCGAAACUGGGGCUGGAAGGCUAGUUAUCACCUACGAUGUGGGACAGACGGCUAUUGUUUGGGACUUAUUCACUGGCGAGCAGCUCUCCCGUUUUGUAUCGUAUGAAUCUUUGACGGUUGCGCACUGGAUGAGAAACGGGAAUGUCGCCUUCGGAAAUGCAAAAGGCGAAGUGAUAUUGUUCGAACCCGCAACAAGUGACCAUAUCUCAGCCCGGACUAUAUUCGAUCCCAUUACGGCGAUAGCCCCGUCUUCAGAUUGCAAAACUUAUGCCAUCGGAUAUAAAAAUGGGUCCAUUUUGUUGGCAGCAUUACAACCGUCCUUCACAAUUCUACACACUCUGACAACGUCCCGCGCGCCCUCGCCAAUUGUUUCUUUAACAUGGCAUGCCUCGUCCUCGAAACAGAAGUCUGACAUGCUUGCAACCCAAACAGCAGACGGAGACUUGAGGGUCUGGAGCGUCUCCAAACCACCAACAGCCGAGGCUCCUCGAGUUAUUCGCGUCUUAAAGCGUACCGACACUUAUUCUCCUGGCCGAAAUUGGAUUUCUUGGUCCAAAAAUGGCCGGAUCGUUCAAUUCAGCGAAGGCAAAACCUGGGCUUGGGACGUCCGAACCAAACAUGUCACCUACGAGCCUAUCCCGACGGUGGACGGGGUUAGAGCCAUUGCUUGUCACGGGCCGACGGGCACCUUGUUUACCUUGGGACCGGAUUACACAGUGCAACAGUAUGAUGUCGAAAGGGCGCUUUUGGUUGCAAACAUACGACACUUGCCAUUGACUGUUCCGCCCACACCGCCAGAGGAUAUAAGAGGGCCGACGUGGACGACAUCUGAAAGCGAAGAAGAGCUAGCGUCUCCUCUUGUCCGGGCCCGACGGGAACUACGUGCUACUGAAGCAGCCAAGUAUGACCGCAACAAUAUUCCUAGCCCUCAAUCGGCUCUUAGUUCGCAGAAAGGUGGUUCCAAGAACGGAGUCAACGACAUAAUCUCGCCUGCUGGGAGGACCGACUAUACGACCACAUCGUUCGACACAGGCAUUCAGUCACAAGCAACAUUGUACCAGCCACCUGCACAGCUCUCUGGCCAGGCUUACCAGCCUCAGUCUCCUGCAUCUGCAAGGACAGCCAGGAAAGGUUCUCGUUUGAGGCAGGAAGUGAUUAUGAGCCCCGAAGAGGCACAAGUUACAGAACUCUUCCCCUACACUAGGGCUCGACUGCACGAUGUGCCGUAUCGGGCCCCAAGAUCGCUCGAUGAGAGCCACAUGACUCCAGAUGAUUUGCGAAGGCAGAUGCUGAGCGUUGUGUUUGGUUGGGAAGAAGACGUCCAAGACCUUAUUCGCGACGAAUUGAGCCGCCAUCCCAGCGAUAGCCAAACCGCUAUUUUUCUCGCCAAGUGGCUCGACGAAGACCCUGACUACUUGGCCGAGAUCAUGGGAUCUACGGGGAGCGUCGCCAGUCUAGACUGGAUGCUGCUGGCUUUGGGUACAAUUAGCAACCAGGUGGGAGCGAAGAAAAUCACGCAAGUCUUCAUCGAGAAACUGUUGGCCAAAGGCGACAUCCACGCCGCAGCUACUCUUCUGCUUGCCCUUGGCGACAGGAGCGAUGCGAUCGAAGUCUACGUGUCGAGGCAUCAGUACAUGGAAGCAGUCUUACUAACCUGCCUUGUCACACCAGAUGACUGGCAAAGGCAAUCAUAUCUGGUGCGCCGAUGGGGUGAACACGUUGUCGAGAACUCGCAACAAUCGCUUGCUAUCCGCUGCUUCUCGUGCACAGGCGUCGAGCCUUCUGAUCCUUGGACCUCACCGAAUGCUCAACUAGCCACGAGAAUCGUGCCGGAACCUGUUUCAAGUCCUCAAGCGCCGCCCCAUUUGGAGCCUCUGGAGCCUCGGGAGUAUCCUGCGAUUUUCCAGAAGACUCUGGAGAGACGGCGGACGCUCGAUGCCCCAACGCCGGUUGCCAUGCCACCGCCGCAUAUGAUGUCGGCCAUCCAUCAACCGCCCACGCCAUUCAGGACUGCUGCUGCCCAAGGAACAAGAAUUACUCCUCAAACAUCGGCAUUGAAACUCAUCACCUCAUUCGGAGCCCAACCGAACAACAACUUUAAAUUUCCCGGGCUCAAGCCUGAAGACCGAACGCCAACUGUUGCUGCUGCUGUAACGCCCAUUGCGGAAUCAGCUAUAGAUAGAUCCGCUCUGUCACCCGGCGGUCUAGGCUCUUAUCGCUUGAACAACAUUCGCAGCAUCAACAGCGCGCUCUCGGGCAAGACCGCAACGCCAGGCGGCUUCCAGCCGAGUCGAUUGGCGGUAAUUGGGGAGACACCUGUCGAUGUUGACGCUCCGCAGCUUUCAGGUUCAUUGCCGCAGAGGUCUGUGUCUGUGCCCGCCGAAUUGACAGCCUCCAAGCGGGCGGACGGCGAAGAACAAAAUCCUGCUGUGAACGACACCCAACGAGGAAAGCAAUCCUUGACACUGCUGACAUCCGCACGGUAUGAGCCAUUAGCCACACCAGUGAAGGAAACACCACAAACAGCUGUCGGACCACAGACCGCCAUCAAGUUCCCGGGGUCCGGCGCGCAAUUUAAUGUCGGCCUAGGCCAUGAUGAACGGCUCUUGGAUGCAUCACGGCCAAGGACUGGCUCGAAAAGUCGAAAGCCUGACGGACUCUCAAUCCAAACUAUCCACGUUUCGAGUCAAGAAUAUCUGCCGUCUUCCAGCUACGGAGAACCCGCUAGCAGACCCGCCACCACAGGAACGUACUUAAACACUCAACUCGAUACCGCCGGAGACCUAACAAGUCCACCGACUACUGACCUUAGCUAUCGGAGCGUUAAGAGCCCUAUGGUUACCGGCCGAAGCAUCGAUCAGUAUAUUAGUAGUCUCGAACAAGCUCAAUAUUACGCGAAACAUUCUAGAGCUCGCGGUUACAGCAGUAAUAGCAAACAGUCGAGGGAUGACCAAUCAGACCGGAAAAAGAGCAGAGCUGGCAAUAUGGAAGACGGUGGCGAGAGAGAACCUCGACGAACAAUUCCUGCAGCUAAACGAUCGCCGUCCUCCCCAGUUCCAAUGUCACCGGAGGAUCUCCGCAUGUACAGCACCAGUGUCGAAAGCUUUGACUCAUUGUACAGUUCUAAUUUCUCCGCGAUCGAUCGGUCGGAGACCCCUGGCAGCAUGUCCAAACUUAGUCGUCGUGGCUCUCAAUCAACUGCAAAAGGCGGCAAACCGCGCAAGAGAUCGCACUCGAGACAUACCGGCCCUAGGAGCAAGACGGGCAGCCGUGGUGCAAGCCGACAGCCAAGCCCAGAGCCUGCAAUCUUUUCUCCAAGGGGCCGGAGCUCUUCUCGCAAAGAGAAUCUAGGGCAUCGUUCUCCGUCAUCACCACGCCCAAUGGUGCCUUCCGAAGAAGAUCGACAGAGCCGGUUUGACCAAGAUUCUGCUCUGAGGCUGGUUUCUAAGGACCGACACCGACUUCACCGAAGCACUAGUCGUCAACCACACCGUGAUACAAGUGCAAAGAGAGAUAGAUCACCCGAUCGACGAAGAGUUCGCGCCAGAUCUCGCAGUCGUCAAGCAGAAGAGGCCACUACACUGAGUCGGAAGGGAAGCCGUAGUGAGCAUCACCGUCGACAUCGCCGUCCAAGUGACGCAACGUAUGAUCGGAGUGCCCAUCCCGAUGAUCCUGAAGACAUCAGCAAACUCAACACCACAGUCGUAGCUCAAGACGUGGUGCCGAGAUCCGCCAGUCAACCUCAAUUUGCAUCGGGUUGGGAAGGGCAAGAGACGCUGGCAGAGCAGCCAGAAGCCCGAAAGCAGCCUCUGGAUCGUCGUCCUUCUGCGCCCAACGUUCCCCUUGCAAGCGAGCUUUCUACACACUACAAGUCUGCCUCGACGAGCGAGAUACCACCCCCAUUAUCAAGGUCGUACACUGACAAUGCGAUCAUCAACGCAUCUUCAUUCCCGGAGAGUAGCCUGGGGACGGAAGUGUCCGGUCUCGGCCUACUCAAAGGAAGGCCAGGGACACCCAGGGCUAUGCAGGUCGAUGCCACAAUCCCAGAGGGUCAGGAAGCGAACCCAAUUUCUGGCGCGAGCGGUACCGAAUUGUUAACCAGUGAUGUUUAUCGACCGCCUACCCGCGAAGACAUCAGCAGACCUGGUUCAGCCCGAGCUCCCGUUUCCCUAGAAUUCCUUGCCCAAAUCCCCAAGCAUCCCGCUUACGACCGCCGCAUCGCGGGCAGUAGAUCAAGCAGCAAGGGGGCUGAAGCUCGUGCAACCUCGCGGAGUCGAGGCACAUCCCGCGACCGCACUGCGCGUGUAUCUCCACGGGAAGUUGCACCGGCCACGAUGUCAAGUCCUCCCAUAGGAAGCACUGAAACAUCGGUCCCUACAGCCUUCGUGCCCCAACAACCACAUAACCCGCCUAUUCUUCCCGAGUUGCAACACCUCGCCGAGCCACCGCCACCGCCUCCUCCGCCUCUACCGAAAGUGUCCUCCUACGCCGGAGGCAGCCCUAACCUGUCUAAUCCACGUGGCUUUGAUUCCAUGGAUGCCGCAACCGUGCCUCUGCCCAUGUCUGCCUUCGCCACUCACACUACGUUCCACGAUGUGCCGCCGAAUACUAGUAACGCAUUACCUCUGUCUGCCGGGCCCUUGUCUUCAAGCACGGGUCAUAGGCGAGGGCGAUCUGCGAAUGACAACCAAAGCGGCAGCGGCAGUGGCAGCUCAGGAGGCCAAUUGUUGAACAAAUUGAGGAGCUUCACAGGAAGAACGAGGUCUCCCAGUAGGGGGAGAAGAGGUGGUGAUGAUAACCAAGCCAUGAGUCCUAGGAUUGUUGGAGUUGGCGAGAAUGUGCAGCCGGCGCCAUAUGAGAGCAUCCCGAGCGCUAUGAUGGGGAGUGUUGGAUCUUGA